UCAAGUUAUCAAAACUAGAGAAAAAUUUAUCUAAAAAAGUUCAAAAGUUGAUAAAUAUCAUUGAUAUUCAUUGUUUUUCUUAAAUCUCGCCAAUGUAGGAUGAAGUUUAUAAUUUCAUCCAUUUUUUUCAUAUCGAUCCGUGGUUUUUUGAAUAUUUCGAUGAUAAUUUUGACAAUAAAAGGACUUGAAAGAAAUUUGGCUCAAACGUGGGGACGAGAACGUAAUUUGAUCGUAUUAGAGUUGAGGAGUGAGGACUGACUCGAACGAGGGCUUUGAUGGAAAGAAAAACCAUACAUGAAAAAAGCUUCUUCCUUGAUCUUGAACUGGAUUUGGUAAGCUCGCUCACCCACAACCACAAAUUGAACACCACGGUGACUGUAGAUCCCCUGCAAACGCAAACAGAUUAGUACCUAUCAGAAUAUCAGUAUCAAUUAUCAUCAGGAUAUGUCCGUGUUGAAGCAUAUUUGGGGUGAUGUCAAAGGACAUUUUUUGGCUUCAACAUCAUGUAGUGGUUCAUCUUUUCCAGGUCUCACUACAGUAAAUCAGAGCCAAAUAUUGAUUCGCUCUAUUGUACCAAACAUGGCGCAUCUCUUCAGUUACACGGCCUGCAGACAGUUGUCUCAGAUGUUCCUGGCAGUAAUCUUUUUUCAUGGUUCUGAAUACAUUUUAGCGGUUGGCAUUCACGGGAAAUCAAACGUUACUCUUAAGUCUCUUCUGAUCAGCAAAAGCUAUCUUCUUGCCAUGGUUUUUUCCUUGCUGGAGUACUGUGUUGAAAUUAUUUUGUUCCCUGGUCUGAAGGAACACUGGUGGGUCAGCAACUUAGGCCUUGCAAUGGUCAUAAUAGGCGAAAUCAUACGGAAGAUGGCAAUAAUUACGGCCGGUCAGUCCUUCACACAUCUUAUAAGGACUCAUCCCUCAGAGCAUCACCGAUUGAUUACGAAUGGAGUUUAUAGAGUUGUUCGUCAUCCUGGUUACUGUGGUUUCUUCAUAUGGUCGGUGGGUACUCAGAUAAUGCUCUGUAAUCCCAUAUCAACAAUUGCAUUUGUACUUGUAGUUUGGCGCUUCUUUGCGCAAAGGAUUCCGUAUGAAGAGUAUUUCUUGAGGCAGUUUUUUGGGUCGCAGUACGAGGAAUAUGGCCGACGGAUUCCUUCCGGGGUGCCUUUUGUAAAGUGAAGAUCCUAAUCCUUGGUAUUUAGGCAUGGAUGAGUUUCUCUUGCCACACUUGAUCAAGAAUAGUGUCGUCUUGUUGAACUGAUAAAUGGGUUACAAGGGAGACGGAUUGCUUCAUUGCCUCCUGCAGCUUAGUGGUUGCUUGGAGGCUUGGAGCGGCUCAUAUUCGGUGAAAGCAUUGGUGAGAGAAUGCAUCCAUCCCUGAUUCCUGUUGUACCAUUUAUUUACAGAAUUUAUCAACCAAUUUAUAAGGCUUUAAUUUGGAGGAAACGGAAAAUUCCCAACUUUA